GGGCGCUGGCCACAGGCGGGCGGUGCCGCCGCGCCCGCGCUCCCCCGGGGCGGCUCGGCUGGGCCUGGCCCGGCCCUGUCCCGCGCCGCCGGCCGCAGCUGCUUAAAUAGCGGCGCCUGCCCCGCCACUGUGUCCUUCGCGCCGCCAGUGUGUGUGAGAAUUAUCCGGGGUGUAAUUGGCCUGUCUUCUCCCUGGAGAGCCCUCCGCUCUCCACACCGCUUCCACACUGCGACCUCUACGCCAACCCUGAGGGAGGAUGGAAUAUCUCUGAAGGGGCUUCUGCAGUUACUCUGGCAUGCAGUACUCCCCUGGCUGCUGCUGGUGUACAGCUGGGACAGCACAGAACGGAACCAAAAAUCUUCUCAGUAAUUGGCUUUGCAGCAGCCUAGGACAGGAAGCUCAUUUAAAGAGAGAAACAGAAAAGUCUUUACUACCCGUGGAAAGAGAAGCAAGAUUUGUAUGCUUUGAGAAGUUUGUGUAUUUUCAUGUUCACAGAUCAUAGUUUGCUGCUAUUUAAUUCUAACAACCCAUCUUCUUGAGGAGAUUCUGUUGUAAUGUAUCCAGUGGCUGUUCCUGCACCAGGAGGUGAAGGAAGUAAUGGACAACAUGGGAAACUUAUUUUUUUCCUUUUUGUUUUUGGAGCUGUGUUGCUGUGUGCUGGAUUCCUUCUUUCAGUCUUUAUUCUCCAGUCAUGCCCAUCUGGAAGCUUCAGUGACUGUAAUGAGGUCCUUAAGGCUGCUGGGCCAGUGUUGGCUGUAACUGGACUGGUUUGUGUUUUACUGGCACGAUCAAGGGCCAGGAUGUAUAUAAGACAAAGACAAUUGCAAAAUGAGCAGGUGUACAGCCUUGUGUUUUGUCGUGGGAACUGCCAGUUUGCCCAGUUUCUCAUAUUUGGAUUCCUGUUUUUAACUAGUGGAAUGUUAAUUAGCAUCCUGGGCAUUUGGGUUCCUGGUUGCAGCCCUGGCUGGCAUACGAUACAGCUCAACCACACUGGCACUUCUGACAUGGACCUCCAGGGCUGUGGAUUCCUGUCACUUCAAAUCAUGGGACCUUUGAUUGUGCUCACUGGGUUGUGUUUCUUCGUGAUAGCUCAUGUUAAAAAGAAGCAAAACUUAAAUCUCAACCAAGAAUCCUGUGAAAGUGAAGAACAUCCUCAGAACCCUGAAUCUUUUCAGGUUACAGUAGGUGAUGCUGUGAUGUUAUUCCCACCCCCACCACCUCCAUAUUUUGCUGACCCUAUGUCACCAACUGUGACACAUUGUCUUAUGUCAAGUGUUUUACCUACAAGUGAAAAUCCUCCACCAUACCACUCUAUCUUCAGUGAUGGAGCACAGCUUGCUGAUGAUGAAAGAACAGUUGCUGUUAGAGACUAUGAAUCCAUAUAUACAAUUUCUGGAAGCAACUCACCUUCAGAUAUUUUACCAAUGCUAUACCUUUCUUCUGAAUCACCACCAAAAUAUGAAGAAAAAGCAUCAAUAACAAAUAAUGAAUAUUUGCCAUCUUCUUCCUCAUCUUUUUCAUCUAUUUCAUUAGCUACAUCUGACACCAGCUCAUAAAGGACUAUCAGUUCACUUAAUUUUUAAUUAAAAUGUACACAGAGAUUUACAAUUUUUGAAUUUAUUUACAUUUUGUAAUAAAAGCAAUAAUGUUGGCUGUGUCUAAUUUUUCAUCAGAAAGAAUAAACAAUGAGCUUGGAUUUCAAGAAAUACUAGAGAAGGCUGGGCCUCUGCUAAAGUAGUCCGAAGGGAGUUCACUGCAAGAACAUUCAUUAAAUGCUCAUCUUGUUCUGUUUCAGCUUCAGUUUCCAUUUAUAGCUGUUCUUUUUAUAAUGAAGUCACUAAGUAGAAACCAACUUUUUUGAUUAUUUUAAUUAAAUCUGUUUGGAGUUUCAAAGAAAGAAAUAAUUAGGAAGUGUUUUUAUUUCAAUUUUUGCAUGUCUUUUGUGGAAAAUACUUGUUUGCAAAAUGAUGGCCUUUACAAGAACUCGGGGAGCAUUCACAUACAGGAGUGUUAGUGUUGGUACCAAAGAUGUUAGCAAGAGCUUCAAUGGCUACCUUUUGGUCUGCCUGGUAACAAACACUCCAUAUUUAGACUAUAUCUGGUCCUUAUGUAAGUAUAAUCCCUAUGAAAAUCAGUUUUAGCUGCAGUUAAGAGCCUGAAGGCAGCCCUGAGGAUAGUUAAUAGGCUAACAGUUUAACUGUGGUAAUGACUGGUUUCAGAGGGAUUAUUCUGCUGUUUUAUAUCAUCAUUCAUGAAGGAGUGCUUAUUGUGUGGGAGUGAGCACCACAAAGCAAUGGUAUCUCUGAGGUGCAGACACUACUUAUCAGCAGAUGCACGAGAGACAGUUUCAUGGAAACCCAUGCAAUAAAUGGUUUUAACUGACACAGCGCUUGACAGACCCUUCAGAGACACAACCAUCUUAGCUCACCCAUCCUGCUGCAACUCCAGGGUAGU